GAACCAUCGCGCAUGAGUUCAAAACUGUUCAUUAUGGCUUCCCUCUGAUGACCCUGAGAAUCGGGUUGUGAAGGAUUCCUCUGUGAAAAUGACAGUCUAGGCCUCCCAAAAGGAUUACUAGGGUUCAAUUCGGGUUCCUCAAGAUACCGGCAUUAUGCUUGUCCAAGAACCAGUUCAGGCUGCAAUAUGGCACUGCCUGAAUCAUUAUGCAUAUGUCGAUGCAACAUUUCUGGCAGAACGACUUCUUGCAGAAG